AUGUAUCCACAGUCUUCGGCCAGCCCGGAGCCAAGCUCACAUCCAUCUGGCAAUGUGCCAAGCAGAAGCGGAUCAGUCAAGAGGGCGAGGGAGUUGCUGGCGGCUGGUGUCCGUCCAGAAAGGUCACCACAACCAGCUCCAGCCAAUCCCACUGCCACCACUGGAGCUGGGCCUUCUCAAAUGCAAUGGCCUCUUCCAGCCUCUGGCUUGCAGGUGAAGCCGCAUCCUAAACUACUGCCAACCCGCAGUCCGCCGCCUACAGGUCCUCUGCCGCCAAGACCUGGGGAGCAUAGUGGUUUAGAGCUACUAUCGUCUUCAGUUUACUCCGUAAACAGACAAGAAUCAGAGAGGAAGUUUGUGAAUACCUCUAGGAAUUCUGCACGAACAACACCAUCUUUUUCUCAACCAAAGUACCAACAAGCACGCGCACCACGACAAGCAGGUGACAGUGUCCCCAUUAGCCCUACAAGCACCGUACGAACAGAUUAUACGAUAGAGCUACCUGAACCCCAUCCUCGUCAACAAUCGGUAGGGCUUGUCCCUCCCCAUGCACGACGACACCCGGGCAUAGUGUCACCAAUUCAAGAGGAACGCAAUACCUCGCGCCAAAACUUGGCAUCAAUGGCUUCCAGCCACGCUAUGCCAGUAAGCUGGGGAUCAGGACCCCCAGGCUCCGAAGUCGUCGGGAUAUACAUGGAAAAACAACAAAACCAACCAAAACUACCGGGGAGUGACGAAUCUCCAGAAAGCAUCAGUGAAGAAUUCACACAUGUUAGAUCUGCCAGUGUUGGAAAGAGAGGGAAACCAACUGUGCGUACGAUAUCAAGGUCUAACCACAGUUCUGAAGUACUUCCAGCCAUACCGAAUAUACCAGAUCUGCCAUCACUACCAGCAAAGGCAUAUGACCCCCGAGAAAAAGAAUUGGUCGGCCUAGCCAUUGGAACCCAAAAUGGACCCUCGCUGGAUCAAUCCAACCCUGGUUUCCACCGCUCGAGCACAUCCUUGGAAUCCGCCAUUGAUCCCGAGAAGCCUCGUAUCGCCAAAGAUGAGGAAAACCCAUAUAUUGUGAAGAGUUUAGAGUUGCCCAAGGCUGCACCUACACUGAGUGACAUGAGACCUGGAAGUCGUCGACCCCCACGACUUGAUUUGGAUGCCGUGCGCACUGCAGAGUCGCGUGGCAGUCUUUCUAGUUUGACUGAUCUGAUUCGACGCGCCACCAAACUUGCCUCCAACUUAGAUCGUGGGAAGACAGCCAGUCGGAUUGAUCCAGAUAGAGACGGAAUUACACGAAUUAGCUAUGCUCGAAGCUCUGGAUCUAUUUCUGAUAUCCUUGCUUCAUUCCCCAACCCAGUACUGACAAUGCCCGCUCGAAAUGGAUCUUGGCCCAUAUUCUUUGGACGAGGUCCCAACCAGUACAAUGUCGAGCCCUUGUACUCGCAUGAGGAUGGACCCAAUUCAAAGAAAGAGCGAAAAUGUUGUGGAAUCCCUAAAAAAUGGUUCAUUUUCCUCAGCAUCCUUCUCUUCGUCAUAAUCGUUCUUGCCGUUCUGCUCCCUGUCUUUUUAAUUGCCGUUCCGCACCAAAAAGCAAAUGAAAGCUCAUGCGCUACUAAGAAUCCCUGUCAUAAUGGGGGUUUCAGUGUGUCCAGCGGGACUAUAUGUGCGUGUGUUUGUUCGAACGGCUAUACUGGCUCUCAGUGCACCACUGCUGGUGAUAGUAGCUGUGUGACAUCCCAAGUGAACAAUAGCACGAGCAGCAGAUCUGCAACAAUGGGAAGCUCGCUUCCGGACUUGUUCUCACAGUCUGACUCUGAAUUUGGCAUCAGCCUGGACACCAUCACAAUCAUGGCUAUGUUUAGCAUGAACAAUCUUUCCUGCCAGACGGAGAAUGCGCUUGUAGCAUUUAGCGACGUUCAAAGCAUUGGCAGCAGAACCAAGCGCUCAAUUGAGCUGCCACUGGAAAUCAAUGUUGGAAUUGAAGCUUCCUCUACUCCAGAUUUACAUGAUCCGAACGUGGUGAGAGAGGUUCGAUCUUACGCCACUAAGGAUGGGAUUCUGUAUGAUGGAGAUGCAGGUACAAAUACGACAACCACCAGCAGCACCAACAAGAGCUCCUCGGUUCCAUCAAAUAUAGUGGAGUUUUCCAAGGUGGCGGUGUUGUACAUCUUCCAGGAAACGGGGUCCUUUGAUACGGCGCAGUCCUCCGAGUCUUCGAUCCAAACAUAUCUGGUUGAUUCAUACAACAAUGUGACUCACCCAUCGUUGAAUGUGGGGAGCUUUAAAUUGGACUUUGAGAAGACCAGCAUUACGAAGACUUGA